AUGGCGCCGAUGUCCGAUGGGCCCUCAAGAACCUCCAGCGAAGAAUCCCUGAGAGGAGAGGCAGACCCCAUAGCCCGACAAGACAGCAGGGCAACAAUCUCACCACCUAAAGCCCCAGAGAAAUCAGUUGGAGAGGCAACGGAGAUAGCAGAUACCCUGCAGACACUAGGGCUCUCAACUCAUACAGCGGAGCCACCGACUACACCUCU